GCUUUUUCUUUUUGUGGUUUGGAACUUUGAGCUCUACAUGAUUCCGCUUGUUUUUUUGUUGCUGUUGGCAUGGAACUAUUUCUUGAUCCUAUCAGGGAAAGAUAACACGCAACAUGAUACAGUAGUGGAGGACAUGCUAGAGGACGAGGAAGAAGAGGAUGACAGAGAUGACAAGGAUAGUGAAAGAAAAGGAUUUAUGAAUAAACUCUAUGCCAUCCAGGAGGUGUGUGUCAGUGUCCAGAAUGCCCUUGAUGAAGUGGCUUCCUUUGGAGAAAGGAUAAAGAAUACAUUCAACUGGACUGUCCCAUUCUUAAGCUGGCUGGCAAUUGUUGCCCUCUGUAUGUUCACAGUCAUCCUGUAUUUCAUUCCACUGAGAUACAUUGUCCUUGUCUGGGGCAUCAAUAAAUUUACAAAGAAACUGCGCAGUCCAUACGCAAUUGAUAACAAUGAGAUACUUGACUUCCUUUCCAGAGUUCCCUCAGAUGUACAAGUGGUGCACUACCAAGAACUGAAACAAGAUCCCAGUCACAGCCCAAAUAAGAGGAAGAGAAACAAUCCUGGCUAGCCAACUUCAUCUCCUGAGGAGUCUAGCAUCCGCUAAGGGAAGAUAAAAGGAAAAGCCCAAAGCCUAGGCAGCAUUUCCUUUCUCUAAGUUUUUUAUUUAUUUUGCCUUUUUAUCACAGUGGAGAGAAUUUGUAAAUAUUGUACAAAGGCAUUUAUCAUUCAAAAUAUACUUAGCAUUGUACAGACAAAUUUGAUGAAGCCUUCAAAUAUGGGUUAUACUGUGGGGAAAGCCUGUGAUUCAUAACAUAACACAAUAAAAAUACCUAAUGUAAAAUAAGUGGUAGAUCUGUAAUAUUUUUUGAUAGUAGAAGGCACAUAAAACUAAAUUAAAUAUUCAAGUCAUGCUGAUUAAAUCUGAUUUGAAAAUGUAAGUGCAGUUUUAUUUGAACGUUAAUAUUUUUAUCCAAUAAGUUUCCAUUACAGUUUUUUAUUUUUUAUAUAUUUAAACGGAAAUACAAUGUAAUGGAACCUACUGCAUUUAAAUUUUAUCAAAGCUUUAGGCACUCUUGUAAACUUCUGCUGCAGUGUAUCCAGACUGACUUGGGCUACUUGUAAGCUAAUGAGAAAUACAAGUGCAAAU